AUGGGCUAUUCGAAAAGUCAUCUCCCUGAAGAAGUAGUUCUCAUUAUAUUCAACUAUAUUCCGAAUUGGAACGAUCGUCUUCAAUAUGCUACAAUCUGCAAGCACUAUUGGCAUUGCAUCAACAAAAAUGGUUCAGUAAGACAGGUGGAUCUCUUCGCAGAGAAAAACCUUCUCAAGUUCAAGUUGGCACGAUCAGUACUCUUGAAAAGAAAUGUAGCAGUUCCAGAUUUCGGCUCUCGAGCAGUAAGAUCACUAAGCAUUUGCCGAAAUUUGCAAACCUUUGUUGUGCGCGACAAAUUGAUGUCAGGUUUCAUCAUUGGUAACCUGCUCAAAGCUGCCGCCAACUCACACAAUAGCAUUGGUUUUAUUGUACCUGCAAGCGCCUCAGAUAUUUGGAAAAGCAUCCUGGACAAGCAGAAGUUUAGAGCCGGAGCCAUCUCAGUUCGAUGUGAAUUCGACGACGAAGCCAAUGAAUUCAAUACAGCAAGCUCAAUCUCUGACAAUACAAUCGACGAUCUGAUCGCAUCAGAGGGUUAUCAAUCUUGCAGCAUUGAACCUCUCCCUGAAUCUUUCAUUGUCAAGAAUCUUGGAAACACCGUUGCCAGCAUAGGACAUUCAUUUGCCGGAUGUAUCAUUUGCUUUGAGGAAGUAAAAUUCCUCAUUACUAGCUUUGAUGCAUUCGUGCAUAUCCAGAAUGCCGAUGAUUGCUCCUUUGAUAACAAGUGGAUCAACAAAAAAACAUUCGCCAAGCUGCAUCACAAAUUUGAGAAGGGAAAAAACUUCUUCGAAGUUUCUGUAAUCCUACACGGAUGCGUUGAGCUGCUUGCUGUUGGUGGCCUUGUUGCUUUGAAAGGAAAGCCUGUUGAUGCCUUUUUGGGCUCAUCAGUAAAGCCGCUUAAGAACAGUUCAGUAGUUGACGGAGACCGUUUAAGCAGCAAGAUCUUUAUCAACAAGCACGGCCAGCAAGUCAUUCGAUCAGAACGUCUCCUGCGUCAGUAUUACAAGGAAGAUUGCUGUAACUUAUGGUCCUUCCAUUUACAGGCAACCCACGAUAUGGGAUUUUUCCCUAUCAACCCACUGAAUGCCGACAAUCACCCAUCUGUCAAUUCGAUUGCAUUAAGCCUCCAAUCGUUCAUCAUCAACAGCUUCGCACGAAGACAGGUGGAUCGCUCUGAUUUGGAAGCGUUGUUGCUUAGAGUAGGAGAUUCAGCAGACUUCAUGAAGAGAAGUUUGAAGUUGGACGAAUUCAAUGGCGCAACAUUUGGCGCUAUCUAUGAUGCCAUUACAGAGGAAGGAAAGUGGAAGGAGAUGGUAAAGAUAGUGAAGAUGCUAGAAGCAGGAGAGAUCAGUUUGGGUAGCAGCAAAGAGGAAAUUGUAGCCAACAAGAGAAUGGUGCUUAGUGUUGGAAACAGAGGCUACCUUAAAGCGUUAUCAGAUUUGAACGACAAGAACGUCUUGAAAAAGGACGAUCCUUUAGAUAGCAAAGGUGUGCAUAAAUGCUAUAUUUUCAACAAAAGCACAGCUGGCACUUUAGCAUUCUUCAUCUCAAAUCCCUCUCGCAACGGUGGAUCUCUCCGUCGUAUCUGGACUUUCUUUCCUCAAGGGAUGGAUUACACCUACCCUUUAACUGUCAGGAUUUCACCUCAACAUCAUUCAUCGAGUAUAAACUUUGAACUCUCUUACGUGGCGCAUUGCUCAUCCUAUCUCCAGGAGUUAUCGAGAAGCUUGCAAAUCAGCUUCUACGUAACAACAUUGCUUGCUGAAGGGCUCUAUGUCAUGCUUGAACUGGCGUCCGUACCAAUACCAUCAAGCGUACAUGAUAUGAAGGCAUUCAUUGCCAAUUUGGAAGACUUGAUGCCUUUACGUGCCAUUUACAAAAAAUGCAUCCAAAUUGAUAGUAAUGUCCAGCAAUUCCAAAAAGAAGGUGCAAGUCUCCAAACUCUCUCAAGCUUUCUCAAGUCAGGCAAAGACCGAAAACGACAUUGCUCUUUUGUUUUCAAUCACUGA